CACGCCGGCGACGUCGGCAGCGUGAGGUUUCGCGCGUGAGCGGCGCGGGGCCUGGCUACCAAGCUUUCCUGGCCGGCGAGCAGGUCGUCGACGCCGGCUCCGGGAGGAGCCCGGGAGGAGGGAGGUAUCGGAGUCAGAGACGUAGUCGACUUCGUCCCCGGCCAUGGAGGAGGCGCAGCCGCUGCCGCAGCACGAGCUGCCGCUCUGCGACAGCCUCAUGAUCUGGCUGCAGACAUUCAAGACUGCCUCGCCUUGUCAAGAUGUCAAACAGCUGACUAAUGGAGUUGCCAUGGCACAAGUUCUUCAUCAGAUUGAUAUAGCUUGGUUCAACGAAUCUUGGUUAAGCAGAAUUAAAGAGGAUGUUGGGGACAACUGGAGAAUAAAGGCUAGUAACUUAAAGAAGGUACUUCAAGGAAUUAUGAGUUAUUACCAUGAGUUUUUGGGGCAGCAGAUUUCUGAAGAACUUAUCCCUGAUUUAAACCAAAUAACUGAAUGUUCAAAUUCUGUGGAGCUUGGGAGGUUGCUACAGCUUAUUUUAGGUUGUGCCGUCAACUGUGAAAAGAAGCAAGAACAUAUUAAAAAUAUAAUGACACUUGAAGAGUCCGUUCAGCAUGUGGUCAUGACCGCUAUUCAAGAGUUGAUGAGUAAAGAAAUAGUGAACUGUCCUACAAAUGAUGCUGUUGGAGAAUUAGAACAACAGCUUAAAAGGGCUUUGGAAGAACUUCAGGAAGCACUGGCAGAAAAAGAAGAGCUGAAGCAAAGAUGCCAAGAACUAGAUAUGCAGGUGACUGCUCUUCAAGAUGAGAAGAGUUCACUGGUUUCUGAGAAUGAGAUGAUGAAUGAAAAACUUGACCAGUUGGAUGGCUCUUUUGAUGAUCCAAAUACAAUGGUUGCAAAAAAGUAUUUUCAUGCACAGUUACAACUAGAACAGUUACAGGAAGAGAACUUCAGACUUGAAGCUGCAAAAGAUGAUUACCGUGUUCACUGUGAAGAACUUGAAAAGCAAUUAAUUGAAUUUCAGCAUAGAAAUGAUGAAUUGACUAGUCUUGCUGAAGAAACAAGAGCCCUAAAGGAUGAAAUAGAUGUUCUUAGGGCUACCUCUGAUAAAGCAAAUAAACUGGAGUCAACAGUUGAGAUAUAUCGUCAGAAACUACAAGACCUAAAUGACCUUCGGAAGCAGGUGAAAACUUUACAGGAAACAAACAUGAUGUAUAUGCAUAAUACAGUCAGCUUAGAAGAAGAAUUAAAGAAGGCAAAUGCAGCACGUACACAAUUAGAAACGUACAAAAGGCAGGUUCAGGACCUUCAUGUUAAACUUUCCUCUGAAUCCAAAAGGGCAGAUACGCUAGCAUUUGAAAUGAAGCGACUUGAAGAAAAACAUGAAGCUGUACUUAAGGAAAAAGAGAGACUGAUAGAGCAGCGAGAUACUCUGAAAGAAACAAAUGAAGAGCUUCGAUGUUCACAAGUACAACAGGAUCACCUAAACCAAACAGAUGCAUCAGCUACAAAAAGUUUUGAGAAUCUUGCUGCUGAGAUUAUGCCAGUGGAAUAUAGGGAGGUGUUUAUUCGACUACAACAUGAAAACAAGAUGCUUCGCUUGCAGCAGGAAGGUACUGAGAAUGAGCGUAUUGAAGAGCUACAGGAGCAGCUAGAGCAGAAGCACCGCAAGAUGAAUGAGUUGGAAACUGAGCAAAGGCUGAGCAAAGAGCGCAUCCGAGAAUUGCAGCAGCAGAUUGAGGACCUCCAGAAGUCUUUACAAGAACAUGGCUCCAAGUCUGAAGGCGAAAGUUCCAGCAAACUAAAGCAGAAGUUGGAAGCUCAUAUGGAAAAACUAACAGAGGUCCAUGAAGAAUUACAGAAGAAACAAGAGCUUAUUGAAGAUCUUCAGCCAGAUAUAAACCAAAAUGUACAAAAGAUCAGUGAACUUGAAGCUGCUCUUCAGAAGAAAGAUGAAGAUAUGAAAGCAAUGGAAGAAAGAUAUAAAAUGUACUUGGAGAAAGCCAGAAAUGUAAUAAAAACUUUAGAUCCCAAAUUAAAUCCAGCAUCAGCUGAAAUAAUGCUACUUAGAAAGCAGUUGGCAGAGAAGGAGAGAAGAAUUGAGAUUCUGGAGAGUGAAUGUAAAGUAGCAAAAUUUCGUGACUAUGAAGAAAAGCUCAUUGUUUCUGCCUGGUAUAAUAAGAGUCUAGCAUUCCAGAAACUGGGGAUGGAAUCCAGGCUUAUAAGCGGCGGUAGUGCUUGCAAAGACACUGGUGUCUGUACUCCUGCACGGUCUUUCUUAGCACAGCAGCGGCACAUCACCAACACCCGAAGAAAUCUCUCUGUUAAAGUUCCUGCUACAACAUCUGAUUAAACUGCAAAAGAAAACAUAAACAGAAGUGCCCUUAAAAUGUUUUAUACCUUUCAGCUAACUGCCAGAUUGAAAAAGAAGGUUAAGAUGCUUGAUAAUCAGCUAUUUUAAAAUCAAACUGCAUCACAUUAAUUUUAUCAGCUGAUGCUGAAAACAAAGUAUAGAAUUAGCUAUCUCUCUGGGAAGCAUAUUUGAAUAUUGGAAGAUGUAUUUAAGCACACAUCUCAAACAUUUUUCUUUUGAGAUUAUUAUAAUUUCAAAUUGUAUAUUUUAAUGUUUUCAUUUGUACUAGUUUCUUGAUUAGUUCAUAACAUAUAAUCAGUAAUGUGUAAUUUAAAAAUGCAUUUACAUUUGUUUUAUGUUUUUGGUUCAUGUAGAAAUAAUCUUGAGGUAGGCAUAUGGAGAACUAUACAAACGUGAUUUGUUUGACUUGAUAUACCCAAAGCUUUACUACUUCUCUCUUCUAAUUCUGUCAUUGAAUCGGGUAUGUUUUGUCAUCCCAUGGAAGGUAUAAUGUUUGGAAGAGUUCACUAUUUAAAUGACUUUGCCAUAGUAAAAAUGACUAAUUGGAAGAUUUGCAGAUUAUGAAAGAGGUCAUUGUUCUCACAUGUACCGGCUACAAACAAGGCUUCUGGAGAGCUUGGUUGAAAUGUUAAGGGGGAAGUAGACUGACGUUUGUAAUAGGUGCCUUUCUGAUGAAAAGCAAGCUGAAAAAUAUACUUUGUAUAAAAUGGACACAUACUUUAUGUAAUUAAUGAAAAUUAUAGUUAUUGCUUUUAAGCAUAAAAUUAUGGCUUUUGGUUUCUAAAAAAAGGUGCAUCACAAUAUAAUAGUUUUGCCUCUUCUAAAAAGAGGUGAAUCAGUGAUAAAACAAUGUAGGAGUAAUUGGAUUUUGUUUACCAAUGAAGGAAUUUGUCUUUGACUGAGUUUAUGAUAUGCAGUUCAUUUCUGCCCAAAGCUCUUAUUUUUAGAGAUGUUCCUUUCUAAUUUUUGGUGGGGUGGGGAUGCAUUUUUAAAAAUCACAACUUUGCAAUAUUAAUUUUGUUAAAUUUGUGUUGUUCAUCAUGAUAGCCAUAGGACAAAUGUGGCAAUUUAAAUUUAUUAAAAUAAGAAGUUUAGUUUCUUGGUGUACCUGCCACAUCUCCAACCAAACAUGUGGCUAGCAGCUAUUAUAUUGGGCAGUUCAAAUAUAGACUACAACAAUAUAGCCCACAGCAGUAAAAAGAAGUGUUUCAGAUGUAACAAGGAAUUGAAUUGUGAUGUAACUCAUGUUUUAUAUUUGGAAUAAUUGCAUACCAUAUGUUGUGAUAACUGAGUUAAUCUUUCCACUGCAGUUCAACAAAUACAACAAAUACAUAUCAGCAAUAUGUCUAGACUGGAGAUAGCAAGUUUUAUGUGAAGGGACAGAUAGUAAAUAUUUUAGUAAAUAAUUCAGGUUCAAUGGGUUACAUGAUCUCUGUCACAAGUACUUAAUGCUGGUGUGAAAGAAGCCAUACACAGCAUGUAAACAAAAUGGGCAUGGCUAUAGUUCAGUAAGUUUAUUUAUAGCAUCAGGUAAGACUGAUUUGGCCUCACCUGAUGCUAUACAUUGCAAAGUAGUCUGGAAAUUUAUAAAGCACAAAUAUUGCUAUAGAUCUGUGGUCUAGGUUUUAUUCUUAACUUUUCUUUCUAAAUAUGAGUAUUGUUCCAUCUACAGUAUUUUUCAUUGAGAUAACUGGCUUUAAAUUCUCAGUCAAUAAUUUUUUAAUCACUGAAAAUACAAGAAUUUCAUACUGUAUUUAUGUGUCUGAGAUUAGGGAAUCUGUCCAUAUAUUUGUUUUAUCAGGGUUACUUCUGUUGACUACCUCUUAGAUUUUGAUUUUUUUUUAAUCUGUGAAAUUGUAUAAUUUGCAUUUUUGUAUGUUCUUGUAGUGUCUGCUUGCCUGUGACUUUCAGUGAAAAGAAAUAAGACUUCAAAAAUGUUUUAGCAUGUUAUUUAAACUUUUCUAAGUAUUACAGCUUUUUGGUAUAUUUUGGUCAUGAAAACAUCUGCCCCUUUGGUGUUUCUACUUCCUUAUAAUUGAAAUUUUACAAACUCUUCAAGGUCCCUUUUAAUGGAAUUUGUUGUAAAACAUCAAUCUCAAUAGAUUAGUGUUUUCCAGUUCAAGUACUAAUAAAUUUUCAAUUAUUAUAAGUGAAAUUUUAAAUAAUUCGUGAAAUUUCUGAAUAAGGACGUAGGCUAGAAUCUUUUUUCUUAACAGAAAAAACAGAUUUUCUGAUUUACCAUUUUUGUAGUUAAUAAGUAGAAUUUAAAAUGUUUGAUAUAUAAGUAUUUAUAAAUAAGAUUAAUGUAAAGUUCUAUAUUGUGAUUAAUCAUACAGAAAUUCAGGAAAUGAUCAGAAGUGAGAUUCUUUUCCACAUCUGGUUAAUGUAGGGAGAAUGACACCCUGUGGGUGGUAAAGCAUUAUAAAUGUUUCAUCAUGAUUUAUACACAUCUGUGUUGUAAGGGAGGCUUGACUGUGCAUAUACUAUGGAAGCGAUAUUCAACUUUUAUCUAUGUUAUAAGAACUAAAUAUCCCAGUGAUUAUAAAAGUAAAACUAUAGACCAACUUGGAAAUGAUCUUUAAUUUUGAGCAUUAGCUCUAAGGUCAAUAUUCCUUUCUCUUUUUAAAGUAUGUACACAUGAUGGUGAUGUUUAUACUGAUUAACCUAAUGUAUUGAUAAAUAUUUGAAGUUUAUUUUUUUCAAUGAGUGAGGCUAAUAAUUUAGUAUAGAUUAAGAAUGUCUUAUUAGAAAUAUUACCCUGAGUAUCCCAUACCCAGAUGUCAUCAUUUUUGAUAACUGUCGUGAUAUCUGAAUGUUAGCUAAUGCUUCCACAACCUCACCUGUUUCUGUGUAGUGACACUUCUGGCCCUUUGGGGUGGGGGACUUUUAGGCCAUAGUACUGUAAGGUCCUCUAUGUGCAUAUUUAAUGAGAAACAUUCCUGUGUUAAAAUGUGAGUAUACAGUUGUAUUCUUACAUUUUUAAUGUGAAACCUGUACAUUGCAAAGUAGUCUGGAAAUUUAUAAAGCACAAACCAUAAAAGAAGAUAGUGUGCAGUUACUAAACCUGAGGUAGCUUAAAUGUAAUGUUUAGUUUUUAAAAAGUCCUUUCUAUUUUCUAUGGCAAAGACUUUGACACUUGAAAUAUAGAAGCAAUAUUUGAUUUAUUUUUGUAAGUAUUUAGAAUAUUAUUUUAAAUAAAUGAUAUUGGGUCUUGUCCAAUAAUAUAAUAAUGAAACGUUUUAAGUAAAUAAACUUUCUGCUUCUGUGUCUGUUGGUUUUGAUGCUUUUAGUGGGCAGAAAUACAUUCAGUUGCUGUUUAAAUAAAGGACUAAAAAUGUUAAGGUUGGUAAAAUGCA